AUGUCGGCCUCUCCCCCAAAGCAGGAGGGCGUGGAACCAGUCCAGUCGCCUGACGAAGAACAGCCCAUGGACCGGAACACAGAAGAGAACACAGCCCAGAUAGGUUACGAGUUCGAAGUUAAGGAACAAGACCGAUGGCUUCCUAUCGCCAAUGUCGCCCGUAUCAUGAAGAUGGCUCUUCCCGAAAACGCCAAAAUUGCAAAGGAGGCAAAGGAAUGCAUGCAGGAAUGCGUCAGCGAGUUCAUUUCCUUCAUCACAAGCGAGGCCUCCGAAAAGUGUCAGCAGGAGAAGCGCAAGACAGUCAAUGGAGAGGAUAUUCUCUUCGCCAUGACCUCCCUUGGCUUCGAAAACUACUCCGAAGCUCUCAAAAUCUACCUUUCCAGGUACCGCGAAACCCUCCUCGCAAAUCAGAACAAGCCACCCACUGGGCAGUUUGCAGCCGGGUCCGGCGGGCCCAACGCAGGCGGGUCAGAGAACCAACAGCAUGUACUGAGCGGCGAUUCCGAAAUGGGCGACGACUCGACUGCCUUUGGCUAUCCUGUCCACAACGGAAACGGAACGGAGUACUAG